AUGUUAGGUGGAACACCCCGCUGUGAGCGCUGCGGCGGUCUAGUCUACCACGCCGAACAAGUCAUGGGUCCCGGUCGGCGGAUCUACCACAAGCUCUGCCUCAAGUGCGAGAACUGCGGCAAGCGGGUUGACCAGGGCUCACUGGUACAGCAUGAUAACCUGCCAUACUGCAAUCGCUGCCAUACGCAGUUGUUCGGCACGCGGGACUUGCGGCACCAGAACCUCUACACCUCCCCCGGGACCUCUCCCGCCCGCACACGCCCAAGUGGGGAACAGGAGACGGCUCCUCCGCCCCGCCUGACCCCGCGCCCCGUCCAGCCGCCGCAGGAGUACUAUACCCCACCCGCUGGGAUGGAGGACGACGUGUUUGGGUCCAAGCCCUCUGCCUUGCCCAACGUCGCCGGCUCCUCCAAGCCCGCUCUUCCUCCCAAGCCCUCUCUACCCCUUCGACCUCAAGACGGCCCGUUGGUCACGACGAGCGACCUGCAGCCCGGUUCGCGCGCCGUCGGCGCCGGCAUAACUGCUCCUCCUCCCAUCCCGCCCCGUCCUGAUGACGAGCCAGAGGUCACACGCGUCAACUUCCGCGCUGAGAGGCCCAUGCCUUCCGGCGUCUCACCGGCUAUUGCGUCUGGUUUGGCCACGCGCGAGUCGCCCCGCUCAAAGGUCGGCGUGAGUCCGGGGUUCGAGGAUAGAUGCAAGGGCUGCGAGAAGCGAGUGUAUGCUGCCGAGCAGGUGUUUGCGAUCGGGCAGAAAUGGCACCGCGGAUGCCUGCGGUGCAGCUCGUGCUUGACGACGGUUGAUCCGGCGCGCGUGAGCGACCGCGACGGGGAGCCGUUCUGCAAGAACUGUUAUGCGCGCGAGUUUGGCCCCGGCGGUAUUGCGGGAAAACGGUAG